ACGUAUAAUCUAGUGGACGGGACGGGAGGAUUCUUCAACAGCGACAAAAGGCUUCUGAUUCACCCACCGCGGUGGUCUGCUAGCGAACAUAAAACCGAAACGUUUAAGAUCUUUAGACCAUUAUUGUGUAUUUUAUGUAUUAUUAAUCUUAGUGUUUAGAACAUCAUUCUGUUUACGUAUCUACUUGUUCAUUUAAACGCAAUUUGCUUAUUACAUUAGCAAAUCUGUUACAUUGGUAUUGCGCUAGGCUAAUGUCGCUGAGCAUUUUUUAUUUUUAUUUAUUUCACCUUUAUUUAACCAAGUAGACUAGUUGAGAACAAGUUCUCAUUUACAACUGCGACCUGGCAUGAGCUCACUAAACUAGACGGAGAAAGAAGCUCUGAUGAAAGGAGAGGAAGAAGCUUUCAGGAUGAAAAAGGAGGAAGAGGAGGCUAUCACAUUGAAAGAAGAGGAUGAUAUUACAGUGAAAGAGGAAGAUGGGAGAGAGGUUGUCAAAGUGGAGGAGGUAGAAGCUUUCAGAAUCAAAAAGGAGGAAGAUGCCAUAACAUUGAAAGAAGAGAAUGUAGUGAAAGAAGAGGAAGAACAUUUUGGAGUAAAAGAGGAAGAGGAGGCUAUCUCAAUAAAAGAGGAGGAAGACGUUUUGGGAGUGAAAAGGGAGGAGGCUGAAGAUCCGUUUAACUCCAGAGAGAGACAUGACUAUUGUGGAUCCUCUGGGGAGCCUCAACAACAUCCUGAUGCUGACGAGGCAGAGAAGAGUCUCUCCAGAUCAGAACACCAGAUGGACAAUGCUAGCCCUUUCACCCUCACCCUCCCCUCCCCGUGUCGUGCCUCUCCCGGUAGUGCCUUACUGCUGGGUAUGAAGAGGUUGUCUGUGCUGCUGGUGGACUGCGGGAAAUCAACGGGUCUGAGUGGAACUGUGAGAGGAGGAGGAGAGAAGAAAGGAUCAGAUUUGACACAUCAAAGAGAAAGACCAGACUCAGAGGAACCAAAGCCACGGACGUCCAAACCAGCAAGAAGACACCAGUGUUCCCACUGUGGAAAGAGUUUUAACCAGAAAGGACACCUGAACCAACACGAGAGAAUACACACCGGGGAGAAGCCUUACCACUGCUCCCAGUGUGGAAAGGGUUUUAACCAGAAAAGCUACCUGAAAAAACACGAGAGAAUACACACAGAGGAGAAGCCUUACCACUGCUCCCAGUGUGGAAAGAGUUUUACCCACUUGUGUAAUCUGAAAACACAUGAGAGAAUACACACAGAAGAAAAGCUGUACUGCUGCUCCCAGUGUGGAAGGAGUUUUACCCACUUACGUAACCUGAAAACACAUGAGAGAAUACACACAGGGCAGAAGCCUUACCAUUGCUCCCAGUGUGGAAAUAAUUUUACCCACUUAAAUAACCUGAAAACACAUGAGCAAUUACACACAGGGGACAAGCCUUACUGCUGCUCCCAGUGUGGAAAGCGUUUUAACCAGAAAAGCUACCUGAAAAAACAUGAGAAAAUACACACAGGAGAAAAGCCUUACCACUGCUCCCAGUGUGGAAAGCGUUUUAACCAGAAAAGCUACCUGAAACAACAUGAGAGAAUACACACAGGAGAAAAGCUGUACAAUUGCUCCCAGUGUGGAAAAGGUUGUAACCGCUUAAGUGACCUGAAACGACAUGAGAGAAUACACACAGGAGAAAAUCUGUACUAUUGCUCACAGUGUGGAAAGGGUUGUACCCACUUAGGUGACCUGAAACGACAUGAGAGAAUACACACAGGAGAAAAGCUGUACCACUGCUCCCAGUGUGGAAAGAGUUUUACCCACUUACGUAACCUGAAAACACAUGAGAUAAUACAUACAGGGGAGAAGCCUUACCACUGCUCCCAGUGUGGAAAGAGUUUUAUCCACUUAUGUAACCUGAAAACACAUGAGCAGUUACACACAGGGGAGAAGCCUUACCACUGCUCCCAGUGUGGAAAGAGUUUUAAUCAGAAAAGCUACCUUAAAAAACACGAGAGAUCACACACAGGGGAGAGGCCUUACCACUGCUCCCAGUGUGGUAAGGGUUGUAACCAGUUAGGGGACCUGAAACAACAUGAGAGAAUACACACAGGAGAAAAGCCGUACCACUGCUCCCAGUGUGGAAAGAGUUUUACCCAGUUAGGGGCCCUGAAACGGCAUGAGAGAAUACACACAGGAGAAAAGCUGUACCACUGCUCCCAGUGUGGAAAGAUUUUUACCCAGUUAUUGAACUUGAAAACACAUGAGAGAAUACACACACAGGGAAGAAGCCUUACCACUCCUCCCAGUGUGGAAAUUGUUUUAAUCAGCGUCACCAGCUGGACGAGCUCCCUUAUUCUAACAUCCCGGACCAUGAGCUCACUAAACUACUCGCCCCUUGCUAAAGAAGAGGAGGUCUACUGGACUGAGAAAGAAGCUCUGGGAAUGAACAUUGUCGUCAAAGAAGAAGAAGAAGAGGGUGUUACAGUGAAAGGAGAGAAGUCUCCGUUUGGAGAGGAAGAGGGGAUGGAGGCUCUCACAGUGGAAGAGGAGGAGGAAGAAGCUUUCAGAAUGAAAAAGGAGAAAAAGGAGAAUAUCACACUGAAAGAAGAGGAUGAGGGUAUUACAGUGAAAUAUGAGAAAGAACAUAUUGUAGUGAAAGAGGAAGAGGGGAUAGAGGCUGUCACAAUGGUAGAGGAGGAGCUAGACACUUUCAGAAUGAAAGAGGAGGAUGUUAUAGGGGAAAAAGAGGAAGAACCUUUUAGAGAGGAAGAGGAUGCUAUCUCAAUAAAGGUGAAGGAGGAAGUCAUUUUGGGAGUGAAAGAGGAGGAGACAGAAUAUCAAAUUAACACCAGAGAGAGACAUGACUAUUGUGGAUCCUCUGGGGAGCCUCAACAACAUCCUGAUGCUGACGAGGCAGAGAAGAGUCUCUCCAGAUCAGAACACCAGAUGGGUUACCAGGACAACGCUAGCCCUUCCGUCCUCCCGGAGUUCCCGUGUUGUGCCUCUUCUGGUAGCGCCUUACUGCUGGGUAUGAAGAGGUUGUCUGUGCUGCUGGUGGACUGCAGGAAAACAACGGGGCUGAGUGGAACUGUGAGAGGAGGAGGAGAGAAGAAAGGAUCAGAUUUGACUCAUCAAAGAGGAAAACCAACCUUGGAGGAACCAAAGACGUCCGAACCAGCAAGACGACACCUCUGCUCCCAUUGUGGAAAGAGUUUUAACCAGUUAGUUAGCUUGAAAAGACAUGAGAGGGUACACAUAAGAACGAAGCCACACCAUUGCUCUCAGUGUGGAAAGAGUUUUAAGCGGUUAGACACCCUCAAAGCUCAUGAGCGAAUACACACAGGGGAGAAGCCAUGCCAUUGCGCCCAGUGUGGAAAGAGUUUUACCCAAUUAGGAAGCCUGAAAGAACACAUGAGACUGCACACAGGGGAGAGGCCUUACCACUGCUCCCAGUGUGGAAAGAGUUUUAACCAGUCAGGAAGCCUGAAAGCUCAUGAGCGAAUACACACAGGGGAGAAGCCUUACCACUGCUCACAUUGUGCAAAGCGUUUUAUCCAAUUAGGAAGCCUGAAAGAACACAUGAGAGUGCACACAGGGGAGAAGCCUUACCACUGCUCCCAGUGUGCAAAGCGUUUUACCCAUUUAGGAAACCUGAAAGAACACAAGAGACUGCACACAGGGGAGAAGCCUUACCACUGCUCCCGGUGUUCAAAGCAUUUUACCCAUUUAGGAAACCUGAAAGCUCAUGAGCGAAUACACACAGGGGAGAAGCCUUACCAUUGUUCCCACUGUGGAAAGCGUUUUAACUAUUCAGGGAAGCUGAAGGAACACAUGAGACUGCACACAGGGGAGAAGCCUUACAAAUGCUCAGACUGUGGGAAGACAUAUUACUCAUCACAGAACUUGAAAGUUCAUGAGAUAAUACACACAGGUGAGAAGCCUUACCACUGCUCCCAGUGUGGAAAGAGUUUUAACCAUUUAAGUAACCUGAAAAAACAUGAGAGAAUACAUACAGUUGAAAAGCCUUACCACUGUCAGUGUGGUAAGUGUUUCAACUGGUCAGGGGAACUGAACAAACACGAGAGAAUACACACAGGGGAGAAGCCUUACCACUGCUCUCAGUGUGGCAAAUGUUUUAACCGGUUAGGGGCCCUGAAACAACAUGAGAGAAUACACACAGGGGAGAAGCCUUACCACUGCUCCCAGUGUGGCAAGAGUUUUAAUCACUUUGAAAACAUGAAAGCCCAUGAGCGAAUACACACAGGGGAGAAGCCUUACCACUGCUCCCGGUGUGGCAAGUGUUUUAACGGUAUAGGGGCCCUGAAACAACAUGAGAUAAUACACACAGGGGAGAAGCUUUACCACUGCUCCCAGUGUGAAAAAAGUUUUCGCCGGAAAAGUUACUUGGAAACACAUGAGAGAAUACACACAGGGGAGAAGCCUUACCACUGCUCCCGGUGUGGCAAGUGUUUUAACGGUUUAGGGGCACUGAAACGACACGAGGGAAUACACACAGGGGAGAAACCCUACCACUGCUCCCAGUGUGGCAGGUGUUUUAGCCUGUUAUGGGCCCUGAAACAACAUGAGAUAAUACACACAGGGGAGAAGCUUUACCAAUGCUCCAAGUGUGAGAAAAGUUUUCAACGGAAAAGCUACUUGAAAAGACAUGAGAUAAUACACACAGGGGAGAAGCCUUUCCACUGCUCCCAGUGUGGCAAGUGUUUUAACCGUUUAUGGGCCCUGAAACAACACGAGAGAAUACACACAGAGGAGAAGCCUUACCACUGCUCCCAGUGUGGCAGGUGUUUUAACCUGUUAGGGGCCCUGAAACGACAUGAGAGAAUACACACAGGAGAGAAGCCUUACAAAUGCUCAGACUGUGGGAAGACGUAUUACUCAUCACAGUCACUUAAAAGACAUGUGAGAAUCCAUAGAUGAUAGAAUACUUGUGUGAAUAUCAUCAGAGAACAUACACUGUGCUCCCAUUGUCUUAUGUUGUUGACUGAGAAUGUGUUUACUUGUUUGUACCAUAUGAAAUGAAAUAGUACAAAGUAUACUCAGACAUAUAUUUUUAUGUUAUUAUUAGAAACCAUGAAGUGAAUAUGGAGUAUGUCAGUUUGAAUAUAGAGUAGGUCAGAUUGCAUGGGUUUAAAUGGUAUUUUUUUAAACUCUGUGUGUUUAUCUGGGUGUCCUUCCUCCAGCACUACAGAUAAUCAAGUGAUAUUUGGAUGUGAUGCAUUUGUUCCAUUGUUUACAUUUGCAUUGUUGGUCCACUGAUGAUUUAAUUAAAUGAAAAUGUUCACAGAGUCUGUAAUGCAAAAUGUUAAUUGUAGGUGUCCACAUAUCUGCGUAUGUGACUAACCUUGUGAAACUGUCCUAUUAUAAUCUCCUGGUCCUGGGAGUAUCAUCCUGUGUUGCAAACCAGCUGCACCUGCGUCCUUGUAUGAAUAAAGUCCCUCCCAGGAACAGGAAACUAUAAAGAUAUGUGCUCAUCACCCAAUGCUUCAGGAAUUCAGACUGUCUACACUGCGCUGUGUAACUGUUAUUCUCUCUGAGCUCAGAAAUAAAGAAUCUUGGUUUGA